AAUAUAUAACACUGGUGGUUUUUGGAUAUUUUACUGCAAAAAUCAUAUUUUACACACAUUACAUAUUGCACCUUUAAUAAGCUUAUGGCUAAAAAUAAUAUUUUGGAAACAUAUUGUAAAUAGGUAUCUGUUAUAAAAAGCAUGGUUGAAAGAAAUGUGACAGCUUUAAUGUUCAAAUUGCAGCUUAAGAGCAUUUGUGAUUUGUCUGGCUUCCGGUGUCAUUCACUUCCAGUUAUUUUACCUGUAAAAAAACUACCCAUUUGUAUUGCAAACUGGUAUCAUAAACACUGGUUUGUACCACAAAUAGUUUUAACGUUUACUGCACUUUGUUUUUCUUUUAGUUUCUUACCUAUAGCGGUUAAUAAAUUGGAAGAUUCGCACAUUCACAGAAAUGUAUGGGGGACAGAAUACUUUAGUUUAGAUUAAACUGGGCCCGGCAAGGUAGGCUGGUGGGGUGCUCUAGCGUAAUCACACAUCUCACUUCACAUAGGCAUAUAGGCAUUACAUAGGCAUACAUGAAUUCCAGUAUCAUACAAUUUGUGCCAUGAUAUUACCAUCUGACAGUAUUUGGGGAGGAGGGGAAGUAUACAAAGUAUAUUAGCAUUUUUCUUUGCUAUUGUGCAUUUGUGAUGCCAAAGAUCUGAUACUCGAUAGAUAGAUAGAUAGAUAGAUAGAUAGAUAGAUAGAUAGAUAGAUAGAUAGAUAGAUAGAUAGAUAGAUAGAUAGAUAGAUAGAUAGAUAGAUAGAUAGAUAGAUAGAUAGAUAGAUAGAUACUUUUUAAAUAUGACAAAUGAAUACUUUAUACUGCACUGUAGCCUAUAAAAUGCAUCAAUAAUAUGCUUUUGCAGGAUCAUUCAAUGUAUUAUACGUUUGAAAAGUAGUUUUGUUUUCACAUUUUAUUCUUUUGAUAUUGUUAAAUGUAAACUGCAUGACAUGGCAUGCUAGUGCUCAUUGGCUGCUGUGUAGGUAGGUUCGCGCGCACUCGCUGUUUUACGGUAACGCUCUCAGGUGAAGCGCAGGUGAUUGACAGACGCAGAACACCAGAGACACUAGCGGGAUGACGCGACGCGCGCGCAGCUGAUGGACACAACACAUAUGACCAGUUACUGACAGACUGGACGCAGUGGAGGUAUCUGAAGCCCCGUGUGCAUUAUGAAGCAGAGCAGGUCCUUGUGUCAGGUGGAGCAGCUGCCCUGUGCAUGUCUACUGGACUGUCGCCGGCAGACCCACAGCCGCAGCGCCGCCGCUGCCCCAAUCAGACACAGAGCCAACGGGGCGGUGGGCGCCUUGUGCAACAGUCCCAACUGCGUGGUGGCCGGCAGGCUGGAGAGCCCAGAGCAGAGGCGGUGCGGGGCCAGCAGGGUGCUGGUCACCGGAGGGGCCGGAUACUUCGGAUUCAGGCUGGGCCGUGCUCUGGCCGGACAAGGGGCCACGGUCUUAUUGCUGGAUCUCCACAAGCCGCCCUGGGAUAUCCCAGAUGGAGCUGUCUUCCAGCAGAUUGAUAUCCGGGAUUAUGAUGCCCUGUAUAAGAUCUGUGCAGGAGUGGACGUAAUAUUCCACACCGCUUCCUACGGGAUGUCAGGUCCUGAGCAGCUGAGGAGAAAGCAGAUCGAGUCAGUCAAUGUUGGCGGCACGAACAAUGUCAUAAACGUGUGUACGGAGCGGGGCAUCUCGAGACUCGUCUACACCAGCACAGUGAAUGUGGCGUUUGCUGGCAGACCCAUUGAGGAUGGAGAUGAAGACUCGGUUCCCUGCGUGCCGCUGGACAUGCACAUAGACCAUUACUCCAGGACUAAAGCCAUCGCUGAACACAUGGUGCUCGCUGCCAAUGGAAGAUCAACAAAAGGUGGUGGUCUUCUACAGACAUGUGUCCUACGCCCCUCUGGUAUCUACGGUCCCGAAGAGAGGAGACAUUUGCACAGGGUGAUGGUAAACGUGGAGAGGAGGUUGUUCAGCUUUUGUUUUGGGGAUCCUAAUGCCAAGAUGAACUGGGUGCAUGUGGAUAAUUUGGUGAUGGCUCAUGUUUUAGCAGCAGAAGCCCUCACUGCAGAAAAAGCCUUUGUGGCGAGUGGACAGGCCUACUUUAUCAAUGAUGGGGAGUCCGUCAAUGUCUUUGAAUGGUUGACACCUCUGUUUGAAAGACUGGGUUAUGGUCGGCCACUGAUUCACCUUCCUGUGUUUCUGGUCUACUCAGCAGCAAUUCUGAUGGAGCGACUGCAUGUGACUCUGAGUCCUAUACUGGAAAUCCCAUUGAUUCUGACAAGAAAUGAGGUGAGAAGCAUUGCUGUCAGUCACACCUUUAAAAUCGAGAAGGCACAGCGAGAUCUGGGCUUCAUUCCUAAGAAGUACAGCCUGACCGACUCUGUGGAUCAGUACCUGCGGAGCCGACCGGCACGAUCAGCCGCGUCAUUUCCCAACACACAGCACCUCUUCCUGCUGCUCCUGCUGCUUCUGAUCGGAUUCAUCACCCUCAUGAUCUACUCUGCAGCCUGGGAAUAAUACGUCUUAACCAUUCAGUCUCACUUGUAGGGUUUGAACUAGGGCAGAGCGAUAUAGAGAAUUUAAAAUGACUUGGUUGGCAAUAUAAAAUGACACAGCAUUGUGAACAUUACAUAAAAACUAAUUUGAGAGCAUUCAAAGAGAUGUUUUAAAUCUUUUCUAUGAAUCAGUUUAAAGUCACCAUGAAAUCAGAAUUGACAUUUUUUUUUUUUUAAUGAAAUAUUGCAGUAUUUAUUAUAAAUGAUUUAUCCAUGCACCUCAUUAUUUAUUUUUGUUUUAAUUCAUGUGUCCUCAUAAUCUUUAAUCAAAAUAACUUCCCCUCCCUCUUGCAGCGACAUCUCUUCUCUGAUGAUGCGAUUACUGGCACGAGGGCGGGGCGACCUGUCACUCACAUGAGAUCCACCAAUAGCAAACCACAACCAUCCAAUCAAUUCCUCCUGGAUAAAAUCAAGUCCCGCCCUACAUUUGUUCUUGUUCGAGAAGCCGUUACACUCAGAUAUAGUAUGUCACAUAGGGAAGAAAAAAUUAUUGCAACUUCCAUUUCAUGCUGACUUUGUACCGUCCACUUCAAUGAACCAAUUCAAAAAUUAAUAAUUUGCUCCACUAAAACAAAAUCAUGCAUAAUUAUUGCUUUUUAUUACUGCGUUUUGUUAUAUUGGUGUGCAUACAAGUUAAAUUUAUGAAAUA